UUAGUUUAGACAGGCGGACGGUCAACUGCGAGGCCGAUACCUGCUGCAAACAGAAAGAAAAAAACUUUUGGAAGUGCUCACUGACAAGCUAUCAGUUUGUUUGUUUGUUUUUUAAAGAGGGGAAUGAGUCUCCUUUCACUCGAAAUUGUUUGUACCAUAACCGGUUUUGAGGAGGCGGCGAGGCGCGGCGGCGGAUGGGAACAUAGAGCAGCAGCAGCAGCAGCAGCGCCAAACUCACAAUGCGCCCGGAGUGAACAGAGGCAGGGAGACAAUACAGAUCCGCGGGCACGCUGAGGAGCUGCGAUCUCUCAUUUGGCCUGUCUUUUUCUCUUCAAAACCCCGUUCCAUAGUGGCAUCUCCCCAGACUGCGCCUCAUUUAUUCAUUGAUUGAGACAAAACUGACUCCGCGACGAGGGCGAGUGGUUUGAUCUCCAAACUCAGCCAUGACGUCUCCGGCGAAAUUCCGAAAGGACAAGGAGAUAGUGGCCGAAUAUGAAACUCAAGUUAAAGAGAUCCGUGCCCAGCUGGUGGAGCAGCUCAAGUGUCUGGACCAGCAGUGUGAGCUGAGGGUGCAGCUUCUGCAGGACCUGCAGGACUUCUUCAGAAAGAAAGCAGAGAUUGAGGUGGAUUACAGCCGCAACCUCGAGAAGCUGAGCGAGAGGUUCCUCACUAAGACGCGCAGUACCAAGGACCAUCUACUCAAGAAGGAGCAGAGCAUUUUAUCCCCGGUGAACUGCUGGAACCUGUUGCUGCUUCAGGUGAAGAGGGAGAGCCGCGACCACGCCACUCUGUCCGACCUCUACCUCAACAACAUCAUCCCCCGCUUUGCACAGAUCAGCGAGGACUCAGGACGCCUCUUCAAGAAGAGCAAAGAGGUCGGCGUGCAGCUGCAAGAAGACCUGAUGAAAGUUCUCAAUGAGCUUUACACGGUGAUGAAGACGUACCACAUGUACAACACGGACAGCAUCAAUGCCGAGUCCAAGCUGAAGGAGGCGGAGAAGCAGGAGGAGAAGCAGAUGGGACGCUCCGGUCGACAAGACGACCGCCAGACGCCGCGCUCCCCCGACACCUUGGCCAGCAUCAAGAGCGAUGAGAAGCCCGUCCGACGCUCCAGUGUCAAAAAAAUCGAGAAGAUGAAGGAGAAGAGGCAAGCUAAGUACACAGAGAACAAACUGAAGGCCAUCAAAGCCAGGAAUGAGUACCUGCUUGCUCUCGAAGCCACCAACAGCUGCGUCUUCAAAUAUUACAUACACGACCUCUCCGACAUCAUUGACUGCUGUGACCUAGGCUACCAUGCCAGCCUUCACCGCGCCCUGAGGACCUACCUGUCUGCGGAACAGAACGUAGAGACGUCCAAACACUCCGGCCUGGAGACGCUGGAGGGAGCCGCAGAGAGUCUGGAAGCCAACGGUGACAAACAGAAACUGAUGGAGACCUACAACAAUGUCUUCUGCCCCCCAGCUCGCUUUGACUUCCAGUCCCACAUGGGAGACACGAUGGGAGUGAUGUGUGCACAGCAGCCGGUGGAAGGCGAGCUGAUCCAGAGGUGUCAGCAGCUACAGUCCCGCCUCUCCACGCUCAAGAUCGAGAAUGAAGAGGUGAAGAAGACCAUGGAGGCCACUCUGUCCACCAUCCAAGACAUGGUGACAGUGGAGGACUACGACGUCUCCGAGUGCUUCCACCACAGCAACAGCAUGGAGUCGGUCAAGUCCACUUUCAGCGAAUCCUAUCUCAGCAAGCCCAGCCUGGCCAAACGACGGGCCAACCAGCAGGAGACGGAGCAGUUUUACUUCACGAAGCUGAAGGAGUUUCUGGAAGGCAGGAACCUGAUCACCAAGCUGGAGGCCAAGCAUGACCUCAUCGACAAGACCCUGGGAGAGAGUCAGAAGACUGACUGUUGCCUUGCCAGUGGACGGAGGAACUCGUCGGUACGGAAGCAGGACUCUGGUGAAGCCAUUCCUCUGAUGGUCGAGAGCUGCAUCCGCUUCAUCAGUCGCCAUGGUCUGCAGCAUGAGGGUAUCUUCAGAGUGUCGGGCUCUCAGGUGGAGGUCAAUGACAUCAAGAAUGCCUUUGAGAGAGGUGAGGACCCGCUGGCGGGGGACCAGAAUGACCACGACAUGGACUCCAUCGCCGGCGUCCUGAAGCUCUACUUUAGAGGACUGGACCAUGCCCUCUUCCCUAAGGAAGUCUUCCAUGACCUCAUAUCCUGUGUCUCGAUGGAGAGCCUCCAGGAGCGGGCGGUCCACAUCAAGAAAGUUCUGCAAUCUCUGCCGAGCAAAACCCUCAUCAUCAUGAGAUACCUGUUCGCCUUCCUCAACCACUUGUCUCAGUACAGCGAGGAGAACAUGAUGGACCCCUACAACCUGGCCAUCUGUUUCGGCCCCACCCUGAUGUCUGUCCCAGAAGGCCACGACCAGGUCUCUUGCCAGGCCCACGUCAAUGAGCUCAUUAAAACUAUCAUCAUCCACCAUGACACCAUCUUCCCCGGACUGCAGGACCUGCAGGGCCCCAUCUACACCAUCCCUGGAGCUGGAGAUGACUUCUGUGACAGUCCACACUGUGAGCCCCCCCUGGUGGAAGAGCCUGCGCCUGACACCGUCUCAGUCGGCCACAACAGCGAAGAUGGCUCCUUGGCUGUUUCAGACUCUGACCCGUUCGAAGCCAUUGCUCGGUUCGACUACUCCGGCCGGACCAGUCGGGAGCUGUCGUUCAAGAAGGGAGCGUCUCUGCUUCUGUUUCAGCGAGCCUCCAACGACUGGUGGGAGGGACGACAUAACGGAGUGGAUGGACUGGUGCCACACCAGUACAUUGUGGUCCAAGACACGGCUGACGGGGGCAGGGGAAGUCCAAAGCCUGAUGUGGACAGCAGGGACCUGCUGGAGGAGAGGGUGUCUACUCGAGGCAGCGCCGCCUCUCCUACUGGAGCUCAUGUGGCUGACAUCUACCUGGCCAACCUGAACAAGAUGAGGAAACGUCCGGAGUCCGGGAGCAUCCGGAGGACGUUCCGGGGCUCAGAGAGCGACAGCACCAGUCCAGGAGCCAGCGGAGGUGGAGGAGGAGGAGGUGGAGGAGGAGGAGGCGUGAGAACAGCCUCUCUUCCUGUUGGUGGGGCUCUGGUGAAAGAAACUGGAGACAAACGACCCGUCAGCGCUCACAGCAUCCUGAACUCAGUCACUCGCCACUCAUCUCUCAAGACCAAGGUGGAGAGUCCACAGUUACGUAAGACAACUACAGCAGGGCGCUCGAAGAGCUUCAGCAACCACAGACCACUGGACCCUGAGGUCAUAGCCCAGGUGGAGCACAGCUCGCAGGACAUUGAGGCUGCGAUGAGCUCUGCCCUGACUGAGCUCAGUAAGCUGGAGAGACAGAGCACCUCGAAGCACACGCACGCCCCUGACGUCGUCCUGGACACACUGGAGCAGCUGAAAGGUGUGGGUGGAGGAGGAGGAGGAGCCUCGGAGCCCUCCAGUCCGCUCCACUCACGUCUGCUGCGGGACAGCGAGGGGGGCUCCUCGCACGCCCACCCGCUCCAACGCAGCGCCUCCUCAGCCAGCGACGUGCCCUCCUCCUUCCGCCCGGCCAAGAGCCAGCCACGGAGCCCCCUGCCCUCUGCCACAUCCCCCUCUCUGUCGUCCUCCUCCCUCUCCUCAUCUGUACCUUCUUUUAGGGAGCUGCGCCCACCGGCAACAAGGCCCAAGCCGGUGGUGUUCCCAAAGAGCGGAGGAGGAAGUGGCAGUCCAGCCAUGGGUUCUCCGACAUCUACUGUGCCCCCGACACCUCCUCCUCCACCCGCAGGCCACACACACUCUCUCCCUCACACCCCUCCUCCUCCCCCUCCACCCCAGUCUAACGACAAAUCCUGCCCGGCUUAGGACCACUCAGUCUGAUCCACGAUACUGAUACAAACUCUUCGAUUCUUACAGCUCUUCUAUCAGGUGCAGGAAGCACUUCAUUUGUUUCACACGAGACCUAACCCACUACUCAUGUGUAGCAUUCACUUGGUGGUGUCCAGGCGAGUUCUUAAGACGCCAUGUUCCCUUUAGAGUGUCAAGAGUUACUUCUGCCCUCUCCUGGCAGCUCUGCGUAGUACAGGUCAGCUAUCACAGGGCGUAGUUUAGCGAACACCCUUCAAAGACACUUCUUUUCCUUUGCCACCACAGAGAUUCCAGGGAUCACUGGAUUUUAAAAUCUUGUACAAGGGAACAGGACUCAGGAUGGACACCUACAGACCUACGGCUUACAUACACUAUUUUGUGACGUUUGAAAUUGUGUUUGAGUGGGCGUGCAAGAGUGUUACUUGCCUUUACACACAGCUCUAAGUGAGGAACAAAAAGCACUGUUUGAUUUUUGUAUAGUAGACAUGACAGUUUUUUUCUUUUCUUAUUAAUGACCCAUGACUAGCGGACUGGAAGGGAGUGUUUGAUUCCUGAGAAUAGACUGUGAAAUGCUAAGCUCUCAUUCUGUGUAGAAGUGAAGCUCACUGACUUGCUGCUUCAGAAGUGGAAGAAUGCAGAUAAAGGUGGAGUUUUGGUUGAUGAUGAAAGGGGAGAGGAAACUGGGCCAAAUAUCAGUCUAAGUCAUGUGAUCAAGAGCUUUAUUUUAUCUCUUCCUCCGGUGUUUGAUAUGUUGGUGACUUUUUUUUAUUUUUAUUUUUUUUAUUGUUAUUAUUGUUCAGUACUAGUACCACAACAGGAGCAUAGCAGGAGCAGUGUUCUCCGCAACAUAACAACAGUAAUUCUACAUCUAAAUAUAGCAAUAAAAAUAAUGACAGCUGGUAGUUUGAGGCAUUAUGCUGCUUCCCUCUUGCAGCUCUGUGUAUGUAGAGGACCACUGAAACCCAGCAUUUUUAUAGGUAAUGUUGGACUGUACACACAGACACACAUUUUCUCCAAAUGUGUGUGUGGUGGUGUUUUGUGGCAGCUAAACGCCUUUCAGGUUUUCCUUGCAUGCUGGGGCCAUAGACAGCAGCCACAGUGGCGAGCUGGCUGAUCGCAUCAGUUUAUAUAUCUGCAGUACCAGCUACAAGACAACUUCAGAGUUACAGCUUGCUCCUUCAACUAUAUGCUUCAGAUGUAACAGUAAAAAGGGUUUUAUUAUUCUAAUGGUGUGUAUGUAUGUAUGUGUAAUAAUCAUGAUGAUAACUGGAAGCAUGGAGCUGAGGAUCCUCCUGAGUGUGUUUAGAUAGAAGCACAACCAACCACCUCAUCCAAUGCGUUCUUAAGCAAAGUUUGCUUUUAUUAUUAUUGUUUUUCCAGUUGUUUAUUAAUGCUCAGAAUCUGUAAUGGUAAAACGUUGAACUGUGUAGCUGUCUGGGUGUGCAUGUGUGUGCGCGCCUGUGUGAGCAUGCGUGAAUGUAGACUAUGUAUGCACCCCACCCCUGCCCCCACCUGUAAUAAAGGGAUGCGCACCCGACAGCACCUGUCUGGAGACACACGGGAAAACACUUCUCCCACGCUCUGGAGUACCGGAAGCCUUCGUGCUGAGUAAAUAUGCACUGUGUACGUGUGACCAGAACAAAAAUAAACCUGCAGGGAUACAUGAAAUGUUCUCGUCCUCAGUCGCUGCUGUAACAACUCCAGUGGCAGGCCAGCUUUACGUAGAAAUAGGAUGAGAAAGCCCAAAUCUAAGGACUUCAAACGUUUCUUUCUUUUUUUUUAUGACAUAUAUUAUUUGCUAAAAUGUACCUUUGCAAAAUUAGAUCUGUUGAUGAAUUGAGGAAUAUGAGAAUAAUUUUGCAAACACUGACUUAAAAAGUGGACACAUGCCACACAGAGUAAACUGAAUAAAGCUGUUUCUGUUCUAUUUCACCUUCUUGAAAAAGUAUUGAAGUCAUUUUACACAGGUGUCAUCAUAUUCCCCUUCUCCUCAACCCUUCUUCCAGAAAUACAGCACAUACUGCAUUCCUGUAUGCUCUCUACCAGGUAAAAGAAUUAUAAUUAAGGUUUUUUUUUAAAGUCUCUGUGUACUGUUUGUGUAUUACCUGGUGUAUUUGUGUUGCUCUUACCUCAUUGUAACAACUGGAGGGAGUGUGACAGUGUGUGUGUGUUUGUGGUGGGAGAUGAACUCGCCUUAUCAACGCGCACACACACACACACACACACACACACUCUCACACAUACAGACGUGCAUGUGGUUGGUUGGUGUGUUUUGUCCCGGCUGUGCUGUUUAGGGGAGCUGGGACCCCUCUUUGAUCUUAAAUCAAUCAUCGUGCACUUGAACAACUUGGCUUGCGUGUGGACUAACUGUGUGGGGAUGAUUUGUCUGAAUUGAAUAUUGUGAAAUAUGCAUUUUUGUGUCCAUUUGAAAACAGCAGAACUAAAAAAAAAAGACUGUAAUGUCAAAAUCUAUUUAUAGUUGUCUCUGUAUUACUGGAGAAUCCUGUGUUCAGAUGUACUUUGUAUAUACAAUGUUGUACAUUACAGAGGUACACUCUUUUUUGGUACAAUAUUGUACAGUAAUAGCAAUAGUAGUUUAAUCAAAUAGGCCUUAUAUAAUUCUAUGUGUAGUUCUUGUAGUAGAUCUGUUUUUUAAUAAACAUUGCUUGC